GCCAGGCGUGUAUCGAACGGUCUCUCAAAUUUCGAACGCGGAGUUUUGGAUUGGUGCCCUAUUAAUAUUGCUCGCAUGUGAAAUGGACCUCUUAUACUUUCACAUAUUACACAGUGUGGAUAUGGACUUAUACUCUAUAUAGGUGAUUUAAAAAGAUAAUCAUUUUAAAUUUUGAAUUCGCGGAAUGGAAUCAAAAUAGAAUACGAUUCGAAUGCCAAACAUAAUAUGAACGGUGCGCUGUGUUUAACAACCGAAAGUUAGAAGAGGGACAGCAGCAAUUUGUGUAUGUUAUUAUAGCUACAGUUGUACAACCAUCUCUUUCUCUACCACGGAUUGGGGUUUAUACAUAUCGCACAAAACAUUUUAUAUGUUUAUUUAAACCAAUGGGAAUGAGAUUCAGGCGUUCAAUGUAAACAGAAAACAUCUGAUUGUGUUCCAAUUUCAAAUCAGGAGUUCUAUUUUUGAAGUGAAAAAUGUGGAUUGAAAAAAUUUAGAUUUGUUUACAUUGGUUUUAAAGGACUUUUUUUAGUAUAGAUAGAAUAGAAAAAAAAACGAGAAUUGAAUAGAAUAGAAUUUUCCGAGUGUGGAAAUUUUAAUCGGCGCAAUAACAAGUUUAAUGAUACCUGAAAUCGAUUUUUUAUCGUCGAGGUGUUAAUAUACUUUUAAUUGAGUGAAACAAACGCUAUUUAUUUAGAAAACAGUCAGUGAAGAUUGUAAAGAAGGAUUUUUGAUAUCGCCGAUACAGUUGAUGAUGAAAAUUUGAGAAACUAGGGCGAGAUGCAUCCACACAGACCCUUUUUCACGUCCCACUCCGAUACGUCGGCUAUUAACGUGAAACACUUGGUGACAGAUUUAUUCACCCAGAUGAGGGAUCCGUCCCCUGGGGCGCCCAACCUCAAGGGUUCAACGGGGUCCCUCAAUGUGAUGAGGAAUGCGGGCUUCCAGCAGCAGAACGGCGCUGAGCACUUUCCCUGGAGCAACCCUGCGAUAUCGCUGGCAGGGAAUUGCAACUCCAACCUGACCAAUGAAUCAUCUGGAUUAGUGCGUAGUGUGAGCAAUGCAUCAGCACUGACAUCCCUGUGCGCCGAUCUCUCCCCUUCGGACUCGCAUUUCUUUGAGGUUCUUUACAUAGGGAAAGUGCGGAUAUCACAAAGAAAAGUUCCGGAAUCGCUCAUUGAUGACGCUCUACACAAGUUCGCGCAGCAUGAGGCUGAGAAAGCAAAGAAUCUGCGACGACAUAGUUUAUUGCCAUCUUCAGGGGAUUCCCAAGACAGUAUUGAUUCAGCAGAUAACACAAAAACCUCGCACGAGAAAGCAAUUGAACAGUAUAUGAAAAACAAUAACAAUCUCAUACCAAGCACAACACCUUUAGAACCCGACAAAAGUAAUCCUUGGAAGAGUGUUGACAAUAUAACUAAACUUGAAAACAAUGAAGUGGAUGAAGAAUUCGACACGUUCAGUAAACAGAGAGUUGAUAAAAACCACAAAAAUCCAGUCCCUUUAGAGCCUUCAAUAUUAGUUAUUAAUGUACCAAAAAAUAACUUAGGCACUGUGAAUGAGGAUGAAGAAAAACAUGACGAUCAUUCUCGAAUAUCUAAAUCACCAAAUGUUUCACCAGUACAUACGUCUAAUUUGAUAAACUUAGAGAAAAAAGAAAACAUUAAUGGACCCAUUCCAAAUAUUAAUGAUAACAAUUCAUUAAACCAAUUACCAAAAAAAUCUGAUACUGGGGUUGACCCAUUACUGAACAUUCCUACUGUUAAUAAAAACCAAAUAAAGAGCAUACAAACAAAAACAAAAAUAGAAAAUAACGAAAUAUUUACAGCAAAAGAAGAGAAGACCAAACAGAAAUUAACUUUUGAAGAAAUACCUUUAAAACCAAAUGACAGAAUAAACGAAAAUAAGAAACCGAUUUUGGCAGAAAAUAAACCAUUUAUGAGAGACAGGUCUGCGUCCAUUGGUACUCUGAAUUUGAAGACACCGUUAGCACAUUUAAUUGGCGAGCAAAAUAGGACUAUGUUAUUUCAGGUUGGUAGAUCGGAAUUACGUCUCAUCAGUCCCGACAGAAAGCAGAUUCUCCUUCAUAGAGCGUUCAAAGAUGUCGCUAGUUGCGUUCUCGGUAGGGCCAAUAAGGAACAUUUCGGCUUUGUGUGUAGGGAGACCAAUGACAGUUACGCGUGCUAUGUAUUCAAAUGUGAGAGCGACUCGAUCGCCACUGAGGUAGUAAAUGCAAUCAAACAAGCUUUUGUAGCACACGCGGAACUAUUAAAGAAGUCAAGGGACAAAUCUCCAAACAUGACAUGUGAACACUGUCCGAUGUUAUGGUACCAUAGACUAUGCCACGAUAUAGAAGGUUUGAAUGAAAAGAAAACACAUGCGUUCAUUCUGCGGCGUAUUGAACAAUUGCCUGACGAUGAACAAGAUCUUAUCAUCACUAAAUAUCAAGGAGGGACUAAUCACAUUUACGAGGUGAGUGAGCACAACGCAUUCCUGAUGAUGCUACUCCGGGCCCAUUGUGAGUCGAAGCAGCUAAGACAUGUCCACGAUACUGCGGAAAACAGAUCAGAAUUCCUCAACCAGUACCUCGGAGGGAGUACAAUAUUUAUGAAAGCCAAACGCUCGCUUUCGAGCGGUUUCGACCACCUUCUCAAACGUCGGCAAAGCAAGGACGAUGUCUAUCUGCCACCACAUAAGAAGGAGCACUCCCCAGUCCCACCGCUCGUUCUAGAAACUUCUUCUGACAAUACCAGCGGUGAACUGCUGACCCCUGACAGACAACGCUGCAAAUCUAUGACCCCAGGCUUCGUCGAUGACAAUCUACCGUCUACUCCAAAAAAUAAUGUGUCAUUUGAUGAAGUCGAAGAAGUUAAAGAUGAAAGCACCUCGGUGAAUUCCCCGAUGAUGGAUAUUUUCCUCAAAGUGAGUGAUUCCCGACCGACGGUUACAGAAAGUGGUAACGAAUCCGACGCCACGUGGCGUCAAGCCAUUUACGAGAAAGUUAUAAACGCACCAGCUCUUGAACAAGAAGGUCAUCCGCUAUCAUCGCCAGGCAAGCGAUCCAAAGAACAGUUAAGAGAGUUAUGGAGGAUGGCCAUAGAACAGACCAUAUUGUUGGUGAGGAUGGAAAGAGAAAAUGCUAAGUUGAAAGAAAGGGAGGAAUCUUCAGCGGUUAGGCGUAUAAAGUUGGAAUACACUGAGCUUGGUACCUGCGAAACUGGUGUUUUGAUGUGGGAUUCUUUAUUAGCGAGAGAUCCCUCGCAACCUAUUGCUAAAGUCGACAGGCAUAUGCUCACUCAAGCUGUAAGACAAGGUGUGCCCCGAAUGUCCCGCGGCGGAGUAUGGCGUUUCCUAGCAGAACAGGCGUGCCUUCGGAUCCCACCUCCACAUCUCGACCAAUUCCCUGAUUACAAUACUCCAUACAAGACUUUAUUGUCUGGUUUGACGAAACAUCAGCACGCAAUACUCAUAGAUUUAGGGCGGACAUUCCCAAAACAUUCGUACUUCGCGUCAGCUUUAGGUCCCGGACAGCUGGCGCUAUACAAUAUCUUGAAAGCGUACUCCCUUCUAGACCCCGAUGUUGGAUACUGUCAGGGUUUAAGCUUCGUGGCCGGGAUAUUGUUGUUACAUAUGGAUGAAGGAGAAGCUUUCAUAUUGCUCCGGCAUCUGAUGUUCCGAAGAGGCAUCAGGAAGCAAUAUUUACCAGAUAUGAGCGCCUUGCAAGUCCAGCUUUACCAACUUUCUCGUCUCCUUCGGGAUCAUGAGCCGGAACUGCACGCGAAAUUAGAAUCUCUGGACAUAUCACCGGCUUUAUACGCUGCUCCGUGGAUGUUGACUUUAUUCACUAGUCAAUUUCCGUUGGGUUUCGUUGCCAGGAUUUUUGAUCUCAUCUUUCUGGAAUCAUUUAAUGUGGUAUUUGCGGUUUCUCUUGCGUUACUAUCUGUACACAAAGACGGUUUGAUGUUGUGCGAGAGCUGCGAAGAAGCUGCCGAGUAUCUAAAGCACAAACUACCUGACAUGGACAAGGCGUUUUAUGAGAAAGUUAUGAAGAAAGUUGCAAAACUCGAUAUAAGUCGUCAGCUAACAGAGUACGAGGUGGAAUACAGUGUGCUUCGGGAAGAGAUGCCACGUCUUGCAACACUGUCUGAGCAGAACAGAAUUCUAUUAGAAGAUAACAACAGGAUGUCUGUGGAACUAGAUUCUGCCAUGGACACUAUUGAAAACUACCAAAAAACACAAUCCCGUCUCGAAAAUCACAACAAAGUAAUGGAGCAACACAUUACUUUACUGAGCCGAUACAUAUACACGCAUCAGAAACAAGAGCUACCGACCGAGAUAAAGAAAAUCGUUCAGAACUACAGCAAAAGACUAUCUUUCAGCUCCAAAAUAAUCACAAAAUUCACCACAAACGAAGAUGAAGACGAAUCAAGAAAGAAUUACAAACAAGGAGUCAGCGCUCCCAAUUUAUUUGCUAAAGUUUCCAAAGAAGAUGUAUUGAAUGCUGUGAAUAAAGAGAAAUACAUUGAAGACCGGAAACAUUUUAUGAUGAAAAAAUCCCAAUCGGUACAUUCGGGAUUAAUAUCAAAUAAGCAUUUCCCAUUGAAAGUUUUGGAAGAGAAACCCGAAACUCCUAGGAGAGACAGUUUACGUAUAGAAAAUAUUGCAAAUGAAUCUAUUAGAGAUUUGGGCAAAAAGACUUCUGGAUUCUUUGCAAACACCCACGAGCAAAUUCGACAAGAAAGAUUGUUUGAACAGCAAUUGAAACACGAUUUUGAUGAGAAUUUAAAGAAAUUAGACGAUAAAUUAUCACCUAAACUCUCGCCUAAGUCAUACCUAGAUGACUUAAGUAUAUUUCAGAGCAAGAAAAGUCUUUCUUUGAAUCUAAACACUAACAUUAAAGCUAAAGAUACCAAAUUUAACGACAGCGGUUUUGUGACACCGCUCAGUCCAAAUGAUAGAGAUGAUAAAAAAGAGAACGAUAUUUCAACAACUAUUUCACAUCCACUAAGCGAUUGUGAUGUUGAUAUCAAAUUUGAUGGUCAGUUAACGAAAUUAAAACAAAUUCGUCCACUGAAAAGUAAUAAUUAAAACAUAAUUAUUGUACUUGUGACACUAAAAGCUGGAGUGGCUGAUGUUGUCAAAAUAUAAAUUUGUCGUGAAACGUUACCAAUCAAUAAUUUUUUUUUCUAAGUAAAAAGAAUUAUGUACUUAAAUUGAAGUUACUUAAAAAAAAAGAAAAGGAAAUUUCAGAAGCAUCAUAAUUUCUAUUUUAAUUUCGUUAUAAUUUUGCGUCAUAAUGUUCUAAUAAUUCUGACUAAGUGUUUUACAAUAAUGGCUGGACCAUAUUUAAUUAUUCUGCAAACACUUUUGGAAACGCUAAUAUAUUAUGCGUAAACUUAAAUCUGUCACCCGCGAUACAUUUACUUGAUUUAGUUCAAGGCCAAGUUAAUAAUAAGAAUAGUUAGUUUGUUUGGCUAACUAAUGUUAGUCAUAGGCAUUUCUCUUAGGUCAUUCUAACGCCAAUCGCCUUUUAUGCCAUAUUAUAAAGUAAGUCAGUUACUUAAUCUCUAAGUUAUAUAGAUUUAAGUUACAGUAGUAACGUUUGUUUUACAGGCAUCAUUGAACCAGGAAAUAAUUUUGCUCUUGUGGUUGUUCUUUUACGACACUAUGGCGUACCUACGCACAAAACAUCAAAGGUAAUAUCCAAAUGUUCUUGUCCAAAACAGGUAUAUCGUUGCGUAUAUCGCUUUAUAGGUCAGCUAUUUGUUUCUUAAAUAUACUUCAACGGGUACAUAUCACGAUAAUAUACGGGUAGUCAGAUUCUGCCCGUGACUUCCAACUUGACAUCUCGUACCUACGCAGUCCCGUCGUGACCACAAUCCAGGCAACUGGGUCAAAAUAUAGACAAAUCCAAAAAAUAUUAUCGUGGUAUUAAGAAACGUUGAAUAACCACGAAAAUCUUAGUUUAAAAUCUUUAAUAGCUAUAAGUAAUAUUAUUAUAUGAUAUUGUAAAAAAAAAAACGCGCCUUAGUGUUCAAAAGGAAAUCCCAAUAAGAAACUUCUGUGAAAUAUCCGAAGAUAAAACUUUCAAAGAUAGUAUUUAAAUUGUAUAUCCGUAUUGUAUGUCCAUUUCAUAUUUUGGGAGCCAAAAACAGUUUUUACGCACGCGAUAAAGGUCACGCUAAUCGUCUAGUGAAGUCUUGAUAAGAAUAAGGAAAUAAAGGCGCAAACUUUGCUAGUUGGAACAAUAAUAUAUUCACCAAUAGAGUAUUAAUCGGAGAGGGGCAUUAGGCAUCCAAAAAUAAAUAUAGUCUGUGUGUAAUAGUUAUAAUAGAUGAUAAUAAAACAUAGGUAUGUGUAGAACAUAAUAGUAAAACCUUCAAUAUUUUGCAUUUCAAUUUGUUGAAUCAAUCUAUAUUCGAUUUAGUGCUUUAAUAGGAAGUAGCAAAGAUCAAAUGUUAAAUACCACUUCUAACUUCUUCAUGAUAUGAAGGAUUAAAAUGAUUCCAAGAAAUACAUCUUCAACAUCAUCAUCAUCAUCAUAUUAACCUAUUACCAGCCCACUGCAAGGCAUGCUUCUCCCCCCACACUGAGAAGGGGUUAUGGCCUCCAACACGGACCAAUGCGGACUGAUGACCUCCACAUGCCUUUGAAAACAUUAGAAAAAGAUAUAGCUACAUAUCUUGUUCUACUUAUUUAAAUGUCUAUUGAGGGUAUUAGUAAGAUGUGGGUAACCCUGAGAAAUGUAUACUGAUAAUGGCACUCAGUUUGUGGGAUUAAAUAAAUAUUUUUUUUACGUUGCUUUUCAGUUAAUAUUGUUUGACUGAUUCAAAUUUAUACUGCGCCGGCAAAUAUGAUAGAAAAACCACACACACAAAAAACUUUAACUGGAGAUUGUGGUCUGCAAAAGCCGGCUUAUAUCUGACAAUGAUUUUAAGUUGAGUUAUAUAUCAUUAUUAUAGUAAAUUACCCAGGAAUGCUAUCAACAAAGUAAUUUACUAUAUCGUUAACGUUUUAAAUAACCUAAUGAAGUUGCCAAGCAAUUAUUGGGUGUGUCUAAUCAACGGAAAAGCAUGAAAAAAACAUGUUGGGGUAAGUCUGGAUUAUUCUAUUUUCAAAUUUCACUCACCAGGAGGUAAAUAGAAGUAAAACUAAAUUGAAUAAUGAAACAAUAACUACGCUACUGAAAUGCUCUUGAUCUUAUAUAUUGAAGGUUUUAUAAUAGUUAUGUUUUUGAAUGUUGUGAUUUUGUGCUUUAGGUAAAUGUAUGUUAACAUAAGUAUAUUAUAAAAGGUACACUUAAUGAAUAUCUAAAAAUCAAAUCUAGCUAAAACAGCGUUCACUGAGGAAUAGAAUGAUUUGAUUUUAAGACAUGACUUCAAAUAUAGUUUAUGUUGAAAGUACCAUAUUGCAAAGUAAUACAAAUUGUAUUAUGUAUUGAUAAAUUAGGAAAAGAUUUAACAGAAAUAUACCUAUUUCACUUAAAAGAUACAAAAAAUUAGAUUUUAUUUGUUUGAUGGUGAUUUAUUGAAAAAUAUUGCUCAAAAUUCUAUUUUUUUUACAUAUAUUUGGUUGAGUUAAAGUGAUAAUGCAUUUAAACUUAAGUUAGUUACUUAAGUAAUUUUUAAUCAUAAGUCAAAGUAAAGGAUUACAAAAAAGUAAUUCAUUACAUUAAAUAACAGGUAACGGUUAUAAAACAAGUAUUUUACGAGCUAGUGCAU